AUGCAGUACGGCAACCAAUCCCCCCAGCUCGGCCGUGAACCCCUCCUCGCGUCCGCCCAGAACCCCGGCAUCUCCCAGCGCCUCUCCGACUCCUCUUUCGCCUCCUACGAACAGCAAUCCAGCAUGUCCCACCGCGGCCUCGGCGCCAACAGCCCUUCUGCCUCCUACGCGUCUUUCAGCAGUGGUAACCGAUUCGGCCCCACUGCGCAGCUCGAUACCGGCGCACAGAGCGUGCAGGAGGGCGCCCUGCCAAGCGGCGCGUAUGCCAAUGGGGGCAUCAUGGAGGACGACGAUGAUCUCGACGACCAUCUCCACACGUUCACCGCCGCGGAGAAGAAGGAUCUCACGACGCCCUUCGACAUCAUGUCGUGGAGAGGAUGGGCCAACGCGCUGACCCUUGCGGUGCUGGCUGGCGGUGGCAUCAUGCUUUUCGCAGGCUACCCCAUCCUCUCAUUCUACUAUAGCGAUGACUCUUCUUCCGGAUCCAGCACGGCUGGGUACAAUAUCGGCGGUGUCAACUCGUCUGGGCAAUACCCCGACAUCCCCGGUAUGCCUAGUUUGAUCGACAGCGAUACCCCCGAUUACGCGUACACCAGGACUGGGUUUGAUGGUAACGAGUGGACAUUGGUGUUUUCAGACGAGUUUGAGGAGGACGGGCGAACCUUUUUUGAGGGUGACGAUCCUUUCUGGACUGCUGUGGACAUUCACUACUGGCCUACUGGUGAUCUCGAAUGGUACGACCCCUCCGCCAUCACGACCGAGGGCGGUGAUCUCCUUCUCACCAUGACCCAAGAACCCAUCCACGAUCUCAACUUCAAAUCCGGUAUGCUCCAGUCCUGGAACAAGAUGUGUUUCAACAAGAAUGCCUAUGUCGAGUUUACCGCCAGUUUGCCUGGUACCAGUGGUCUCGGUGGUUUCUGGCCUGGUAUGUGGACGAUGGGCAACUUGGGUCGACCUGGUUACGGUGCGAGUACCGAGGGCAUGUGGCCUUACACGUACGACUCUUGCGACGUCGGUAUCAUGGAGAACCAAACCUGGGCAAACGGUACCGGCCCCUCAUAUGCUCUCAACACUGGCUCCGACGAUGGAAUGCUCUCUGCUCUUCCUGGUAUGCGAACCCCCUCUUGUACUUGCGAGGGUGAAGACCACCCGGGACCGAACGUCAACGUCGGCAGGUCCAGUCCUGAAAUCGAUAUCAUUGAAGCCCAGAUCAUCAUCUCUGAGCAGGUCGGUGAAGUGUCGCAAUCUUUCCAGGUUGCACCGUUCGAUGACUCUUACCAAUGGAACAACGUCACCUCCAUGUUCAAGAUGUACGACACCAAACUCAGUUACUGGAACACCUACCUCGGAGGUACAUACCAGCAAGCCGUAUCGUCCCUCACGCGAGUCCCCACCGAUAUCUACCACAACCAAGUCGGCACCAACUCGCAGUAUGCCAUGUUUGGUAUGGAGUACCAGGCUUAUCCCGAUGAGCGGGAAAAGGGGUACAUCACGUGGUACAGUGAUAACACAACGAGUUGGACAAUGUAUGCGGACGCGGUGGCGGAGAACAACAAGACGCAGAUUGGCAGGAGAAUCAUCCCCGAAGAGCCCAUGGCUUUGGUUGUCAACCUUGCCAUGUCUUACAAUUUCCAGGCUGUCGACCUGGACCAUCUCACGUGGCCCAACUACUACCGUAUAGGCUAUGUGCGAGUGUACCAGCGAUCGGACAAGAUCAGUGUCGGGUGUGAUCCCGAUGACCACCCUACCGCAGACUAUAUCGCGAACCAUGCCGAGGUCUAUGCCAACCCUAACUUGACCACUUGGGCGGAAGCGGGGUACGACUUCCCCAAGAACCAGUACAAGGAUGGCUGUUAA